AUGCCACGAGCUCGCGACCAUUUCCACGGUCGGCAUUACCACGCUGAGCGCACGACCGGCCCAGUCAAGGCGCUUAAUCCAACGAAGCGAUAUCUAGUCGCCGACAAGAAGGCGCUCAAUGCAGAGUCUGACGCCGGAAAUGCUGGAAAGGAAUCGCGACCGGGCGCUGAGAGUCCCGGGGUUGCUUAUGUCUGGAGGAGUCGUGAUAACAGAAAAGGACGGCAUGCGCUGGCCGUCAGUGUUGAUCCUCACAAGCAUGAAGCAACGAAAGGGCCGAGGCUAUCGAAUUCGUAUCACCAGACUCUCCGCGGUAUCUUGAAGAUGUUUGUCAGAUACCCAGUCUGGGAUGUAUCCUACGACGUCGCCCUCGUCUUCACAAUUGGUUCCAUCAUCUGGGUCAUCAAUGGCUUUUACUCAUGGCUCCCCGUCCUCAAUCCCUCAACCAAGGUCUCUGACUGGGCCGGCGGAUUGACAGCUUUCAUCGGUGCCACCGUCUUUGAGUUUGGCUCAUUCCUACUCAUGCUUGAAGCCGUAAAUGAAAACCGAUCGGACUGUUUUGGUUGGGCUGUUGAAGAGAGUGUAGAUGGGAUGCUUCAUCUCACUCACGCGCAUAACUGCAAGCAUGCACACGCGCAAAAGAGGACUUUUGUCAAGCAAAGCUCCAAGGCACUAGAUAACAGCACCCCGGAAUCAGCGGGAAAUGAUCGGAUGUGGUCUUGGUGGCCGACGUGGUAUGAACUCAGAACUCAUUAUUUCUUCGACAUUGGCUUCUUGGCCUGUUCUUCACAAACGUUUGGCGCCACGGUAUUCUGGAUAUCAGGAUUCACAGCAUUACCGCCUAUACUCAAUAACCUCUCUACACCAGCUGAGAACGGCGUCUACUGGCUUCCUCAAGUCAUUGGCGGCACGGGCUUCAUCGUCUCAAGCAUCCUGUUCAUGGUUGAAGUUCAACCUCGAUGGUACAUUCCAGCGCCUGGGGUCCUGGGAUGGCAUAUCGGACUAUGGAACUUGAUAGGCGCUAUUGGCUUUACUCUUUGUGGUGCACUGGGCUUUGGUUCAUGGGCGUUUCUGAUUGGUAGUGUGAUACAGUGGUAUGAGAGUCUUAACAAGUAUCCUAUUUGGGUGGACCAAAAGAUCGAGAGACUUGGACAACGAAAGAGCUAG